UAACAGACAGAACAAGGACAGAGGACAGCCCUGUCUUCUUCUUCCAGCUUUUUUGACCAAACGGCUGGUGAGAGUAGAGUAGAGAGAGGGGGAGAAGAAAACGAAUCCUUUUUUUCCCGUUAUGGAAAGAUAUGCUGCUGCUACGAUUGCCUCUGAGCCUGAGCCUCUUUCAUAUGGAUGAGUGGAGCAGCUGCUCUGUUUAAUAUUUUUCUCCAUAGCCAUAUUCUUUCCCUUCCUGCUCUCUUCUUCUUCUUCUUUUUCUUCUUUUUCUUCUUCUUCUCGUUCUUUAAGCUAACCUUCUGGUCUGAGUGUUGUGCGGGGAUCGACUAUGUCUGGUUCGAACAAGCAUACCUUUUUCAAGAUUUACCUUCCCGAACAAAGCGCCCGUAGGAUUAGAAUCCCUCCCGCGUAUCGGAAGCAUAUGAAAGGGAAGGACUCGGGAGAUGUUCACCUGAAGGGACCCAGCGGCUACUGUUGGCCGGCGAGGCUUACCAAGGAGAGCGGCAACUUAUAUCUCGCCCGAGGGUGGCCCGCGUUCGUGAGGGACCACGGCAUACAACGCGGUCACUUCCUGUUGUUCAGGUUCGAUGGCGAGACAACCUUAAAGGUUAAGGUCUUCAGCGGCACUGCAUGUGAGGACAAGGCUGCAUUCGGUGCCAAACCUUCCCGAGGCAACGGUAAUGACCCACGCAAGCCCAGGGAAGAGCUUGUCGCAAAGGUGAGAGAGGAGGAUGGUUCUGGGCACAGAGCAGAGAAAGUUGUGCUGCAAGAACCGGGGCCAUCCACUUCUACUUUCCCAUCUUUCACAAAAAAACUCAAAGCCUACAGCGUUGUAGGCCGGGAGAGGGGAAAGACUCUCGUGAUUGACAGUACAUUCGCCAAAAUCCAUUUCGUGAAGCCGAGGAUGCCGAUUGUUCUACGAUGGGAGGACAAGGAAUGGCCUGUUAUCGUGACCAAGUCGAGUGAGCGCUAUUACCUACGUGGAGGAUGGCCGAAGUUCGUGAAGGAGAGCAAAGUCCAGGAAGGGGACACUUGCAAGUUUGAGCUGGUGGAUCGAUUUGUCCUGCGUGUGCAUGUCUUGAAGUGCGUAGAGGAAGAGUAGCCUGAUGAGUUCUGAGCCUGAAGAUAGGUGUUAUUAACCCCAAAAGAAACCCGACACUGAUCUUAUAAACCGUAUUGGCACCAGCAUUGUCGUAAUGACUUUAAACUUUUUGCAUUCAGAGUAAAUUAUUUCUGAAUUCCGAUAGUA